GAGAGUCAGAAAGGCGAGGGGCGCCGGGGGCAGGCGUGUGGGACUCCAGACCGGAGAGCCGGAGGCUGCGCCUUCCUUGCACCGAGACCUUCGCGACACACCAGAACCCGUCCCUGCCCCCGUGCGAGCGCCCAGGAUGACCAUCACCCUCGUGUCUGCCACCAUCUUCGACUUGAGCGAAGUUUUAUGCAAGGGUAACAAGAUGCUCAACUACAGUACUCCCAGUGCAGGGGGCUGCUUGCUGGACAGGAAGGCGGUGGGCACCCCUGCCGGUGGGGGCUUCCCCCGGAGGCACUCGGUCACUCUGCCCAGCUCCAAGUUCCACCAGAACCAGCUCCUCAGCAGUCUCAAGGGCGAACGCCCAGCUCUGAGCUCUCGGGACAGCCGUUUCCGAGACCGCUCUUUCUCAGAAAGGGGCGAGCGGCUGCUGCCCACCCAGAAGCAGCCGGGGAGCGGCCAGGUCAACUCCAGCCGCUACAAGACGGAGCUGUGCCGUCCCUUCGAGGAGAACGGCGCCUGUAAGUACGGGGACAAGUGCCAGUUCGCUCAUGGCAUCCACGAGCUCCGAAGUCUGACCCGUCACCCCAAGUACAAGAUGGAGCUGUGCCGCACCUUCCACACCACCGGCUUUUGCCCAUAUGGGCCCCACUGCCACUUCAUCCACAACGCCGAGGAGCGCCGCGCCCUGGCGGGGGCCCGGGACCUCUCCGCUGACCGUCCCUGCCUCCAGCAUAGCUUUAGCUUUGCUGGGUUUCCUAGUGCCGCUGCCGCCGCCACUGCCACGGGGCUGCUGGACAGCCCCACGUCCAUCACCCCACCCCCCAUCCUGAGUGCCGAUGACCUCCUGGGCUCACCCACCCUGCCAGAUGGCACCAAUAACCCCUUUGCUUUCUCCAGCCAGGAGCUGGCAAGCCUCUUUGCCCCUAGCAUGGGGCUGCCUGGGGGUGGCUCCCCAACCACCUUCCUCUUCCGGCCCAUGUCCGAGUCCCCUCACAUGUCUGACUCUCCCCCCAGCCCUCAGGAUUCUCUCUCGGACCAGGAGGGCUAUCAGAGCAGCUCCAGCAGCAGCCACAGUGGCUCUGAUUCCCCCACCUUGGACAACUCAAGACGCCUGCCCAUUUUCAGCAGACUUUCCAUCUCAGAUGACUAAACCAGGGUAGGGAGGGACCCCCUGCCUACUCCACCCUGCCCAUCCUUCUUCCCCUCACCUCCCUACCCAUCUGAUUCCCUACAACCCCUGCAUUAACAAGGUUAAGCUCAACCCCUUCCCCCAGAACCUUGGAAUGCCCCCCUCCCCCACUCCUAACCCUCCCCCCUAACAUAAG